AUGGCAGACUACAACCGCCAGGCUGCGACGUUGUGUUCGCCUUUGCGGCUGGCCCGCAAACCAACACUUAAUACAAUAAUCGAAGCGAAUGAACCUUCUCCCGAUGGACAGGUUCGGAAGAACGAAAUAGGUGUCCGGGAAAGCUUGCAUUCGAUCAAGAUUGCCAUGGCCUUCUCGCCCGAAACCGCGAAACGUCUAUCAACGCCUAUUUCGUCGCAUUCAACAUCUUCGUCGUGCUCCGACGAGGAAUGGCAGCAGGGACUGGAAUCCUUUGACGACCUAUACGACGCAACUGACGACGAAUCCUGUCCAUCACUCACAGAGAGUAGGCCAAGUAGCCUGGUGUCAUCUUCCAUCAGGAGCUCGACCUACUCCACGAACAGCCGGAAUAGAUACCCGACCAUCACAAUACCGGUAGCAGCUCUGUGGCCGUCACUUCACAAUCCACACAAGAGUUCUCCGGUACCACCGACACCUCCCCCGAAAAUCCCAGUGUCACCUGCAGCUUUGUCCAUGCUACCGGGUCAUGUCCCGGCAUUGCAUGCUCCGCCUUCGCUAGAUGGCAGUCUAUCUUCGGACCAAAUCUCGAACUUGAGCGCACCAGCCACCCCAGAUUUGCGUGCGCUUCCUGAUGCAGAUUGGGACAACGGAGUCAUUCGUGUAUGUAAUGGUUCGGAUGUACCAAGCAGCGCCGGUGGUUCAAGUACCGGCCUCGCGGCUGAAGAAGAACGUGCGAUCGAAGCCCCAAGCGAAGACUGGAAUCCGCUUCUGAGCAGGUUUCCUGAUAUCCCUUCUCGGUCUGAAGAAGCCACAGUUCCACAACCACUCACUGAGGGCACCGUCCGAUCACCCAGCCCCGACAUUGACGGAGUUGUGCUUCCUCCAGAUGCGCUUGCCACACUUCAACAUAUUCCACUAGGGAGUUCUCCUGAGCCGUGGUCUGAGACUUCAGAGACCAACGACGAAAUGUGGCAGUUUUCUACCACGGUUCCUCGACCGCAAAGACAAGAAGAAGCCACUCCGGAUUCCGAGCUGUCUGGUUACAGUUUCACGGAUCUCAGCAUCCCUUCUCCGGGUGGCUUCUUCUCUUCUCUGGACCCAAAGUCUCGCCAUACGUGGUCAUUGCCUAGUGCGAUGAACCCGCCAACUUCAGCAGUUGCUGCGCGAUUCUACGAUCUUCCCUGGGCUCGGGACGAAGGCCAGAUUGUGGAACAGGUUGUCGAGGUACCGGAAGAGGGUUUUACUGAUGAUCAGCCCACUGCUGUUCCGGUAACUGCAGUGAGAAUCAGCAACUCUAACCAUGGACGCAGCACAUCGUUUGACAGCAAAAGCCCUGUACAGGAGCUCGAUAGAACUGGAGUUGUGUACGAAUACGACGAUGCUUAUGAUGAGGAAUUGAAACGACAGGCAGUUUCUAACCUCGACCGAACUAGUGUGUGGCUUGCCGCCCAGCAAGCAUACCUUUCAGCACUCAAUGAAUCAAACCCAGUCAAUGAAGCGAACAAGGAAAUCGUGACCCUUGAUAUUGAGAAACGCCCUGCGUCAUCCUCGGCAGAUUCACCCCCACGAAAGUCUGUGCGAUUUUCCGAAGUUGUACAGCAAUCGACGGUUUCGUCAACCCCUCCGGAACCUGCCAGCAUGGAUUCAAUAUAUUGGCGAGGAUUCCAAUUCAUACUUCGUCAAUACUGCCGACGGGACACUUUUCUUCACAGCAAUAUGCGCUUCGACGCCGUACAAUCUGUGCGCCUUGGCUUGAGGGACAAACACCUCGAUGCAUUGACCGGCAAGUUUGAAUUGGUCAAACCAGAACGGCCAGAGUACAAAGGUCCGUUUUCGCAAGCUCCCCGCAAGUCUGUAGCGGCGGGAAUUCUGGCAGACCAAGCCCUGUUCUGCAAGCUCGAAAAGGAACAAACGGUGCUUGCUCAGCUGUGGCAGUCGGUGUGGGCUAUCGACGCUAUGCGAUUCCUUAAUGGUGGCAGUCUUCUUUCUUCCCCGGCUGGACGUCGUCUUACUAAGGCUACCGUGCCACUGAGAAACCCCGGAAAUGCUGGAAAGCGUCGACUAAGAGUUCUUGAUCUUGGAGGCCAGGCAACCUGCGGCUGGGCAUGGCAUCUGGCGAAUGACUGCCCGAAUGUCAAGGUUUAUACAGUUGUCCGCAAGGAUCAAGAAGUCAACAGCCACAUCAAGGGACCCGCAAACCACAGACGAGUAUCUGUCCCUUGUCUAUGGAGACUACCGUUUCGGGACAACCAAUUUGAUGUCAUUUCUGCUCGUUCGUUACACGCGCUUCUAAAGGCACAAUGCCCAGAUGGAGAAGAAAUGGACGAGUUCGACCUUUGCCUUCGGGAAUGCUACCGCUGCUUGAAGCCGGGUGGCUACCUCGAGUUCUUUGUGAUCGACUCUGAAAUUGCGCGAGCUGGCUCACAUGGCUCUGCGGCAUCUGUCGAGUUUGCCUUUAACCUGAAGACGCGCGGCUACGACCCAGCGCCAACCCGUACAUUCCUUACCCGCCUGAAGAAGUACGACUUUGCUGAUAUGAGGCGGGCGUGGAUGUUUCUCCCUAUGGGAGUUGAUCCCGUACCUGCGGAGCCAGUCCGAGAAACUCCCAACCCAAGAGUGAAGAGCCAGAUUGAUUGUGAGGCUGUCCAGGGGCCGGUCGGUAGCACGGUCGAUAUUGCAAGUAUGACCGGCUUACUCGGUGGAUGGAUGUGGGAACAAUGGCUUUUGAGGCUGCAGAUUGAGAUGGGACGAGAGCACAAGGACCUUCUGAAGGGAGUCGGCACUGUGUUUGAUGAAGGCCGCAAGAACAGUUCCGGUUGGACCUCCCUGUGUGGUUGGGCCAUGAAACCGAAGCGUCGAGCCUCGGCCCAGCCAUCGCAGUUGUAG